UAUAUACGACUUUUAGAGAGCUGGCGCCACUACCGCACAUGUGACUGCAGAAUAAAUUUGCCUUAGAAGCCUAUCAAACAAACCAAUACAUUCCUAUCGAAAACGGAAUCAGCCGCGCGCGGUGAUGGAAGCACGUUGAAACAAGACAAGUACCCAUUGAUUGCAGCUGUCGAAGCUGCAUUGGACAAUUUCUCCGGAUGCCGGCCCUCAACGUUGCAGUGUCAACGUGCACAACACAUGUUCAUUGGUAACGUGUAUUUGGUGUGUAGUCCGAAAGGAGUCACGUCAGUGAAUUCGUGAGUCCGCGAUAUUUAAUACUGACUUAUUGUUUUUGCGUGUCACUAUCUGGCAGUACUAGUGCAGGCCUGCCUCGUUAAAAGAGUCUUGGUUAGAGGAGGUUGGGAGGAAGUUGUGGUGGUGGAGAAGCCGCCAGUCUGUCAUGAUUGCUACCAUCGGUGGUAGUGAGAUAGACCCCGACAACCACCUACCCGACCUUACAGGAUUCGUAUCCAAGGAGUUGCCUCAUCCAACAGCGCACGGUAGUUUCGGGACUGUGUGGAAAUGCACCUACAUCGCAUCCAACCGUCAAGGCCUGAAGCUAGCAGUCAAAUCCCUAAAGAUAUCUGUCGCAAGCGACGAUUCCAGGGCUAAGCUUACUCUGACUCAAAGACUCUUGGGCGAUUUCCAUGCACGGAGGCAACUGCAUCACGAAAAUCUUUUGCCUCUGCUCGGUUUCAGUCACGAAUUUGGGCUACUUCCGGCGAUGGUUUCCCCCUGGGUACACAACGGCUCACUCACCACAUAUCUUGAACGUCAUUUCACAGAAUUGACUAUCGAACAAAAGCUCCGGAUCUUGCGGCAAGUAGCUGCAGCUAUCAGCUACCUCCACUCGAAGGGCGUUGUCCACGGCGAUCUUACUGCCAAUAACAUUCUGAUAGAUUCGGACCGCAAUGCCCACGUAGCAGACCAUGGAAUUCUCACGAUGUGUUCUGAGCUCUCAGGGACUUCAUACAUCAGAAGCAACGUGCGGUGGGCUGCACCAGAACUCAUCGAGGUGCCCGAAAACGAAGAGUCGUUGAUUCCACGGCCAGCGAGCGAUAUUUAUUCUUUCGGAUGUAUUAUGCUUCAGGUUAUGACAGGUCGACGACCCUAUGCAGAUGUGCAACGCGAUCAUGAAGUUAUUGCCCUGAUACUCAAGGGUAAGAAGCCUACAAGACCAUCGAGUCCGCACGAUGCGGAUUAUUUUUGGGAUUUAAUCGAGAAAUGUUGGGGUGAUACAGGACGUCGCCCCUCUGCCGUUGAUGUUCUUAACAGGAUCAGAUGAUCAGUGCACUAUUACGAUUGGUUAAGAACUGAUCGAUUUUAUCUUACAUAAUGUAUUUACAUAAUCAUUCCUACCUCAUAGGUAAACGCGUACUCCGUCAGCAGCCAACGCUGAUUUUGUACAGAGGGAAUAUUGUGGGUGCGUGGAGAGAUAGAGUUUAAUAUUUUAGUUGCCGGAGAGAAGAAUAGGUGCCUCUGUACCACAGGGAAGAAGGUAGGCAAACACCUCUUCAGGCACCGCUUACCACCUUACAUCGCUUACAUCCUUAGUUUGUUCCGUAUCUUGGGGCAUGAGUCACAUUGUAUGAAAACCUCACGGUGAGCACAGCGCAAGCGGUUGCAGUGUGUCUUCAUCUUGGAACUUGUCAUACGUGGGCACGUUUCUUUCAGAUCCUGUGUG